AAUGCACAAACAUAACCUACGAUUAAAGUUAGUACGUAGUGAAAGUAGAGUUUGUUGUUUUUGUUAUUACUCGAUUCAAGCAAUAACUUGUGCCAAGUAAUUGUGUUGAACAGUCCAUUCAAAUCAAAUGUGAUGACUACUUCAAGAAUAGUUCGGGGAACUAAAAUCCGAAUUUUCUUAUGCUUUUGUGCCAUAGUAAUAAUCUUAGGGCUUUUAGCUUGUUAUAGCAAUACUAUAUCACAAUUAGAUGAAACUCAAAAAGCGGUAGCAUUAUGCCACCAACAACAGGAAAAUUUAUCAACACAAAUGCAAGUUAUAUCCGACUAUAAACUAAGGUUAGAGAAGGCUUUGAAAAUUGAAAAAGUUGAACAUGGGAAAAGCAAUAGCAGUUUUGAUCAAAUGCUCAAAGAUGAGAAAUCAAGAAGCGAAAAAAAUAUGAUGGAAGCCAAGUUGCGGUUCAAUUCUUUACAGCAGAGAUACAGUUUACUGCAGACUGAACAUGAUGACUAUAAGGAAAAAAUAACUAAAACACAACAAGAACAAUUAGAUGAAAUUAAUGAUCUCCAUGCUAAAUUGAAGAAUGUCCAAGAAGAAAUGAAAAAAGUCGUUAGUUCUAAAGAAAAACUAAAGUCGGAUUAUUUGAACAUUCAGAAGGAGAAUGACGAUUUAAAAAAGCAAUUGGAAGGGCAUGAAAUGAACUCUAUUGGAAAUGAGAAUAAAACUAACUAUUUACAAAAGCAGAACAUAGAUCUGAAAAAGGAGGUCGAAAGACUUAAAGACAAAUGUCCAGAGCAAAGGGAUACCAUCCAAGAACCAAUAGUUUUGAAGGAUUCUCCAAAAACAGUCAAGGAAGAUAAUGCAAAUCCAGAUCAAGGACAACAAAAUGAUCAAAAUGUUUUAGCUUUACCUUUUCCAAACAAUGAAGGAAAUAAGAAAGGUUCAUCUUCCACUACAUCUUCUGUAAAACCGAGUUCUCAAGGAAGUUUGAAUGGAGCCAGGCCAUUAGUAGUGCCUACAAUGACUCCUAAAAACAAGAAGAACACAGACGAUGUUUUAGCUAAACCUAAUGCAAAUGUAGUGCCACAAGGAGUAUUGCCAGUUCCUGAACAGCUGCCUGAUGGUGUUGUCCCAGCGGAAGAAAAUGAAAUUCCAAAUGAUAUAGUGGACGAUAGAUAUAAACACAAAAUGGAUGAAUCCAAAGCAAAGAAGCAAGAAGAAUCGGAAAAAGAUAACAUAGCUAACGAAGAACUCGAUCAAAAUUUAGAUGAUGGACUUGGCUUCGGAGAUCCAAUAAAACAGGCCGAAAAACAAAACUUCAAUAAAGAACACAUAGAUAAUCUAGGUGCUGGUCAAAAAAUUCAAAUGGCCGUCGGAGCAGCUGAUUAUAGAGAUGGGCAGGUUGAAGAGAAUCCUGCAAUGGAUGAGGGUGAAGAUGAUGAUCAAGAUGAAUAUGGAGAUCAUUUGGCAAGGCAUAAGGAGCCAGCAGUAAGGAACUAAGUUUAUCCGUCUUUUAUUUUGUAGAUAAUGACUUUUUACUCGAACUAAGUAAAAUAUGUGUGAGACGAUUCAUUUUUGGAAUGAAUAGUGUUUAUAUAGUUUAAGUCCAAUGUAGAAGAUAUUUAAUUUUUUAACGGAUAUGUUUUUUUUGUUGUUAAGACUUUUGUACUGGAUAAUUUGUUUUUAUCACAUUUUAUUCAACAUUAAGAAUGACAAAAGGCAAUGAGGGCAAUGUGAAAUUUCUAGAAUAACAGUAUAGUUUAUUUUCUAGAUUCCUUGAAUGUAUUAACUUAUAAUUUAUAUGCAUUUUUGAAAAAGUAUUAUUAAUUUUAGAAUAAAUUUUUAUCAAAUUUU